GGGAAGUCCCCCUCCCGCCGGGCUGUUCGCCUCUCGCGCCGACCUUCCCUCAGCUGUAGCAGCGCUCCGCCUCCUGGCUCCUGCAGCCUGGACGGGCAACGCCGGGUGACCGGAGCGCGAGAAUUAAGCGGGUGGGAAGGUGUGAGCCGCAAACCCAGAGCAGGGCGGAAGGAGGAAGAGGAGGCCCCGGGGGUGGUCAGGGGGACUGGGGAUCCCGCCGGCAGAGGUCCCUUGGACGCCUGACUGACUGACGGGCUGAUUGAUUGCAGCGACUUCGGGUCUGGACGCUCGGAGCGGGGCGGCGCGGUGAGCGGAGCCAUGGCCUCGGGCGGGUGUAAGCCAUGUAUAGAGAUAAUUGAACAACCCAGGCAGAGGGGAAUGCGUUUUAGAUACAAAUGUGAAGGGCGAUCAGCAGGCAGCAUUCCAGGGGAGCACAGCACAGACAACAACCGAACGUACCCAUCUAUCCAGAUUAUGAACUACUAUGGAAAAGGAAAAGUGAGAAUUACAUUAGUAACAAAGAAUAAACCAUAUAAACCUCAUCCUCAUGAUUUAGUAGGAAAAGACUGCAGAGAUGGCUACUAUGAAGCAGAAUUUGGACAAGAACGCAGACCUUUGUUUUUUCAAAAUUUGGGUAUUCGAUGUGUAAAAAAAAAAGAAGUAAAAGAAGCUGUUAUUUCAAGAAUAAGGGCAGGAAUCAAUCCUUUCAAUGUCCCUGAGCAACAGCUGCUUGAUAUUGAAGACUGUGACCUCAAUGUGGUGAGAUUAUGUUUUCAAGUUUUCCUCCCUGACGAACAUGGUAAUUUGACAACUGCUCUACCUCCUGUUGUCUCUAACCCAAUUUAUGACAACCGUGCUCCUAAUACCGCAGAAUUAAGGAUUUGUCGCGUAAACAAGAACUGUGGAAGUGUCAGAGGAGGAGAUGAAAUAUUUCUACUCUGUGACAAAGUUCAGAAAGAUGACAUAGAAGUUCGGUUUGUUUUGAACGAUUGGGAAGCAAAAGGUAUCUUUUCACAAGCUGAUGUACACCGUCAAGUAGCCAUUGUUUUCAAGACUCCACCAUAUUGCAAAGCUAUAACGGAACCGGUAACAGUAAAAAUGCAGUUGCGAAGACCUUCUGACCAGGAAGUUAGUGAAUCUAUGGAUUUUAGAUAUCUGCCAGAUGAAAAAGAUACAUAUGGCAAUAAAGCAAAGAAACAAAAAACAACUCUACUUUUCCAGAAACUGUGGCAGGAUUGUGGAGUUAAUUUUCCUGAAAGACCUAGACCUAGUCCCCUAGGAUCAACUGGAGAAGGAAGAUUCAUUAAAAAAGUUUUGACAGAAACAUCCGGGCCAGUUUCAAGUCAAGCAGAAUCCUACUAUUCCUCAUCUGCGUCCAUCUCAAGUGCAUUGCCACAUCAUGCUUCAGCCAUACCCCCAAUGGUACCUCAGCCUUCUUCCAGCUGGUCAUCAGUGGCCCACGCCACCUCACGUUCAGUCAAUACAAAUUCACUGAGUAGUUUUUCAACAGGGACACUUUCCUCUAAUUCACAAGUUAUCCCACCAUUCCUGGAAAUGUCUGUUGUGAGUGAUUUGAAUGUGUCUAAUGCUUGCAUUUAUAACAGUACUAAUGACAUAGGCAGAAUGGAAGCAUCAUCUGUGUCACCAGCUGACUUAUAUGGUAUUUCUGAUGCCAACAUGCUGCCUAAUUGCCCUGUGAACAUGAUAACACCCAGUAAUGACAGCAUGAGGGAGACUGAUAAUCCAAGACUUGUGAGUAUGAAUCUUGAAAAUCCUGCCUGUACUUCAGUGUUAGACCCAAGAGACUUAAGACAGCUCCAUCAGAUGUCCUCUUCCAGUAUGUCAGCAGUUGCCAGUUCUAGUACUACUGCUUUUGUUUCACAAUCAGAGGCAUUUGAGGGGUCUGACUUUAAUUGUGCAGAUAACAGUAUGAUAAAUGAGUCAGGACCAUCAAACGGUACUAAUCCAAAUAGUCAUAGUUUUGUUCAAAAUAGUCAGUAUUCAGGUAUUGGCACUAUGCAGAAUGAACAAUUGAGUGACUCAUUUGCAUUUGAAUUUUUUCAAGUUAACUUGUAAGAUAUAAAUGGUGAUUCAAGAAUUAAAUCCCUUUAAAGGUAACCCUUUUGAUAUUACCUUUAUAAAUGCAACAUUAUAUAUUUCUCUAAGACUAUACUACAGUAUAUCGUGGACCCUUGAACAACACGGGUUUGAACUGUGCAGGCCGGUCCAGUUAAUUCUCACAUUUUCUUCACUAAAUAUGUAGUGCAGUACUACACGAUUUGAGGUUGGUUGAAUUCAUGGAUGCAGAAGACAUCCAUGGAGACAGAGGGCCGACUGUACAGUUUUAAACACAGAUUUUUCACUGCACAGAGCGUCUGCUCCCCAACCCCCGUGUUGUUCAAGGGUCAACUGUAAUUAUAACUAGGUAUGUAGGGGAUUCCUCUAACGGGCAAUCUUGUCUUGGGAACUUCUUGUUUUGCUGGCAGAGAAUUUGUUGGGAUAUAAAAGAUGAAUGCUCAGUGCUUGAAGCUGCAGCUAAAAGAGAGAGAUGAACUCAUUUCCCAACUUCAGGAAGAGUUAGAAAAAGUCCAGCAUUUACAGAACACUUUUGCUUCAAAAGUAGAUAAAUCCACACAGACUGAACUCCUAGGCUAUGAUGCAUUGUGGAAUCCUACAUACAAAGAAAAUUUAUGUAAACCAGUGUAUGAUGAAUCUGUGACAUGUUAAAUAUUGAAUAAAAUCAAUUUUUCCAUUAAAAAAACCCAACUUUGGGUAUGUAGAAUACGAAGUUGGAAACAGUCAUAAAAGGAAAAUUCCAAAAUAGAAAUUUAAAAGAGCUUUACUGUUUCUUCUUUUGAAACAUGUGAUCUGAUACUGUGUGUGGUGGGAAUUCUAGCAUGAGAAUCCUGCCACAUUUUCCCAGGACAGACUGAGAACAUUAGAGCAAGGCUUCGGUUUUUCCAGCUACAUCUUUUUAUACUUCUUUUAUAAUGUAUUAAUGUAUUCUUAGUUAAAUGAAUUAACUGAUAUUUGCUUUUAAGCAAAUUUAAGGUAAAACCUGUAAUGGCUAUGUCAUUGGAAAAAUUAAUUCCUUAUUAUUUUUGAGGCCAAUGGGCCAAGGUGACCCCUAAGGGGUUUUCUGAGGCUUUCUGGAGUUUCUUAGAUUUACAUGUAAAUCAAAAUUUCUUUAAAAUGUUAAUAAGUUGGGCAGCAGGCAGUUGAAGUAAGCUUUCAAGGUAUGGGAGUUCUCUACAUUUUGAACUAUUUAGAUCCAUACCUUUAAAAUUGCUUAUGAUUUUAACUUUACAUCCAUGUUUUUAAGAGGAAGAAGUUUCCUUGGACCUGUCCUCUUUGUUAUGUGUCUGAACUCACUGUGAUCUCAUCCAAUUUCAUGCUGUCAACUCCCAAAUUUUACCCCUAGCUUACACCCACCCCUUGAACUCCAGACUUGGAGCUUAUGUGUGUGUGUGUAAAACUGCUUAUUUGACAUCUCUACAUAGAGAUGUAAUUAAAGCUCAAACUCAACACAUCCAGAGCUGAGUUCUUGAUCUUCCCUCCCAAACUUGCUUAUCCUUCAGUCUUGCUCAACUCAAUAAAUGGCAAUGCCAUGUUUCUAGUUGCUCAGGUCCAAAACAAUGGAGUCAUCUUUGCUUCUGUUCUUUCUUUUAUCUCUCAUAUCCAAUCCAUCAGCAAAUCUGGUAGGCCCUACCUUCAAAAUAUAUCUUAAGCUGCCCACCUCUCUUGACCUCUGAUAUUAACAUGCUAUUCCAGACCACCAUCAUCUCUUGCAUAGAUUGAAUUAUAGCCUCCAGAAGCUCUCUUUACAUCCUUGUCCUCCUGCCGUCUGUUCUCCCUGAAGUAGCCACAGUGAUUAUUUUUAAAAUCAAAUCAUAUUCACUCGCUCAAAACCAUCCAGUGGCUCCCCAUCUCACUUAAAGACCAAAAUCUUUAAAAUUAGCAGGCCCACACUCCCUCUCUUACCCUCAUUCACUACCAUUUCCCCCUUCUCAUUCAGCUCCAGGCACUCUAGCCUCAAUGCUCCUCUUCAAAAACACCGAGUACACUCCUGCCUCAGACCCUUUGUACUUCCCUGGUGGAGCAGUGGUUAGGAAUCUGUCUGCCAAUGCAGGGGACAUGGGUUUGAGCCCUGGUCCGGGAAGAUCCCACAUGCCACAGAGCAGAUAAGCCGUGAGCCACAACUACUGAGCCCGCGUACCUAGAGCCCGUGCUCCACAGCAAGGGAACUAGUUGUAAAAUAAACUCAGCUGUAUGUGUAGCUCAUGCCUUACAUCCUUCAGUCUCACUCGACUGUCCAUGACUAUAUAUACAUUGGCACUCCAUGUCUCCCCUCCUUUACAUUUGUCCAUAGCACUUAUCAUGAUCUGACUUUACUGUUUGUUUGUUUAUAUUUGUUUUCCUAUACUGGAAUAUAAGCUCCGUGAGGGCAAAGUUUUGUGUUUUUGUUGAAUCCCACAUUUGUAGAACAGUGUCUGCUUCCUGUUAAGCACUCAGUAAAUAUUUAUUGAACAUUCAAAGUACUACUAAUAGAACUUCGGUUUUUGAAAGAAAGAAUAGCUUUACUUAUUAGAUGUUUAUGAUUUUUAUAGUUCUGCUUCAUGUGACAUUGAGUUUAUUAUAUCAGAAUCAUGUACAUUCAGGUUGAUGACUAAUAAUGGUGACCCAAAUUGUUAGAAAGCAAAGUAAUCCCAGUGGCAAAAUGACUGUAGAAUUUGGACAGUAAUCUUAAUUGUGAUGGAAUCAUCAUGAUGCUAAGUAACUUGCUAAAGAUAAGGACCUAGUUUAUUUUACAGCUAGAAUCUACAUAAAUGUUGAGCAUAUUUCUAGCUAGAAACAAUGUGUCUUUUCACUUAUGUGUAGUGUCCAACCAAACCAUAAAUUUACUGGAACGAUUAAAGCUAGUCAAUUUCGUCAAAAUGGGGAUUGUGUGAAUGUCAUAAAAAUUAAAAUUCUGAGUUGAAUGAUACUGGGAAAUGAGAAGGAGAGCAAGAUAAGACUUGGGGUCAGGAUAGUUUGGAAAGCAAAAGAAAAAGAUUAAAGACACCUAUCAUUAAUAUUUCUUAGAAAUUAUUAUUUCAAAAAGAAAUACUUCUGUUGUAUAACUUUAAAAAUCAUAAGCAUAUAACAUACUUUAGUAGAACUUACCAGGGAGAAAAAACAUGAAGGCAUUUCUUUCCUGUUCAGAAUAUGAACCCAAGAUAUCUCCAGAUAGUAGCUUAUAGAUAGUGAACUUUAUUUUUUUUUUAAUACAGAAUCCUAUAAUUUUGUAGUAACUAGCACUUAUCAGCUUAAGCACUGACUGUUAGGCUAUCUAAAUGGAUACUUUAAAUUAAACAACUGACUUGUUUUGCGGGGUUUUUUUUCUGUGUAAGUUGAAUCAAGGUCCUGCUACGUUUGUGUUCAUAGUAUUUCCAAAGGAUUUUUCAUUUUUCAGGUGCUAUUUACUGAUCACAGAUUUUAUUUUAUAAUUUAAAAAUAUUGGCAACCUGCUUCUUUUUCUCCAAAUGUAUUUAUACUUUCAUCAGUUCUUUUAUCACCCUACUUAUAGUUUUGAGGAAAAGAUGGCCUCUUGCUUCCUAAACUCUACUUGUAUACUGGGUCCCUGUUCGGCCUCUCCCAUCUUGUUUCUGUACCCUCAUAUCACCAUUUAGUGUUUUUCUCAUAUAAACAUGGUAACUGUUUUCUCUAGCCUAAAAGAGAAAGGAUAAACACCUUUCCUACCUCUAUCGUGCUCCUUCCCUUCACAUCCAGACUUAGGAAAUGCUUUCAGCCUCCAUUUCCUCACUUCCCAGUCAUUCUUUAGCCUACCAGUCUUUCUCUUUUAUCUCCUACUAUUUUCUUAUGAUAUUCUGGGACAAGUGACCAGAGACACCCUCCCUUGUCAAAUCUAGUGUCUUUUUAUCAGUCCUCACUCUGCUUGACCUAUCCAUAACCUAUCCUCUUGACCACUCCCUCUUCAGAUACUCCUCUCUGAGGUUGACUUUCUUUCCAGAGUCUCAUCCCCAGCGCUCAGUUGGUGCUACUUUUUCCCCGAGUGACCUCAUCAGUGCUCAGGAGAAAGCUUCAGCUUUCUCUUACGAUACCUGAAUGUCUAUAAACUGGCUGCUCCUGUUGCAUUCUCUCCUUUCAUUAAUGGCAUUACCAUUUACCCUACCAUCCAAGAUAUUUAAUAGGAGCCUCAAAAUCGUAUUUUAUUCUUUUUCGUCCUCACACUCAAAGAGUUAUCAAGUCCUUUUGGGUCUGCCUCCUGAAAAUCUCUUGCAUUUGUCCUUUCUUCAUUCCUGCUGCUUUCUUAGUUUAGGCCUUCAUUCUUUUUCCCUAACAGGAAUCUUUUCCAUAUUGCCCCAGUUAAAAAUAAUACCCCUUCUUCCAUACACUGUAUUGCAUAGUUAGCGUUCCUUGAAGACUUUCUCAGGCCACUCUGCCUCUGCUCUUUACCUCCACAGCAAGCAGCCUUCAAGAUGGGGCUUUUCUGUGAAGUUUGAUCCUAGCUGAGGCACAGCUUUACACAUACCCACCCUACUGCAGAACUCCUCUCACUGAAUUAUACAGUUAUAUGAAGUUUCUCUCGUUCACCUUUGGAACUCCAUCGCUUAGCACAAUGCCUGGCACAGUUGGUGCUGAAUAAAUGGUAGUAUUGAUAGAGAGGGAAGGGUGAAAUUGACAUAGGUGUGAUUAUAAAAAAUGUGGACAAGGAUAUGGUUUUUAAAGGGAAAGGUAUUUAACCUGGCAGGAAAAGCCGCAAUGCCAAGAUUACCAGGCUUGUGACGUACUUCACCCUGUGCCUCCUGUAGUGUCAACUAUAUUGUGUAGAAAUUUUACAGUUACUAGGACUGUUUCAUAUCUCUGACCUUACUCCUCCUCUCUCUAUGUGGCAGGUUUAAUCUCAGUUCUCCUCUGAUGCAUUUCCUCAGCACCUUACCGUUGCACAGAAACUCCAGUAUUCAUGUGAUCAGUCACAUUUUUGAAUGUCUAAUGUGCAAAGCACCAUGUUAGGGGCUAGAAAUGACAUAGAGGUGAAUGAGACAAAGUGUUGCUCUCAAAGAUGUCAGUCUUUUUCUUUGGAGGGAUAACAUAUAGUAAAGUGCAUAAAGUGGACUAAUUUUAAGUUUGCAGCUUGAUGAAUUUUUACAUAUGUAAAUAAUCAUUUCCAGUUCCCCAGAAGUUUCCUUCAUGCCCCUUGCCAAUCUACCUACUCCUCAAAACCACUAUUCUGAUUUCUGUCAUCAGAACCUACUAUCUUAAUGGCCUUUUACAUUGGUAACUGGGCUUUCCUACUCAAAACCUUAGUGAACAAAAACAGCUGGGUUGUCAAUUUUUAACCUAAUGCUUCAGAAAAACUAAUUAUACUGUCCAUGUUAAGAGAGACUUAGAAUCGGUGGUCCAGGCUGCCUAGUAGCUCCAAAUAAUUUCUUCUAUCAUUAAUUGAUUUAUUGAGGGAUUUACAGACUUACUGUGUGAUGUUAAAUAGCAUGGAGAAAUGGAAAGAGUAAGUAAUUUUUAGUCAGAACCUCUGGGUUUGAAUCUUCAGCUCUGCCACUUAGAAGUCAUUUAAUAUUUAGCAGAUCACACUUUCUAUGGGCCUGUCUCUUCAGAUAUAAAAUGCAGAUAAUUCUCAGCAUACUUAACUCACAAGGUGUGUUGUAUUAAAUAAAAUAAUGCAUAAGAAGAAACACUGUAAAUUGUAUAGUGCAAAUCAAAUAUUGUUAGUAAACCAACAUAUGCAUAUAUCCUGUGGCCCUGAUAAUCUCUAAUCCAAACACUCCUUCCAGUUCACAGAGUGACAGAUCACUAUGGAUUAGAUUCUUUAGUAAGAACCCUGGAAUGACUUCCUCUUUAGAGUGGCUAGCUUUUGCCCAAAGAUGGAGGACUUUCAUUUGGCCAUAUUCUUUCCAGAACAUUUCCUAUUGUAUAGUGAAGAUAAGGUCAAUUAAUGACUUCGGGUUCUGAAAUUCUAUGACUCUUAAUUUCUUUGCCAAAAUCGACUAUGAAUUGGGAGUAUUACGACUAUCUUCCUAAGAAGGAGUCUCAUCAUAGAUAAUGAAGUGGCCACGUAAAGAUUUCUGAUCUAUUUUGUUUCUGGAGAUUGAAUAUGAGAGGGGGAAAAUUAGGGUGCUUUUUGCAUCACAAACAAUAGAAAAUUUCAUGCUAUUUAACAUUAUAAGCCCAGGAGUGGGUAGCGAAUCAGAGACAAAUGUAUGAGUUGUCUGUACCCAGUUUUAUGCCUUUGUUUGUUUAAGACUUGGUCAAAUUAAUAUCUUAACUAAUACAUCUUAGCAGAGUUUAAAGUACAAACUUAACAUCAGUAAAGCCUCAAAAGUAAUCAUGUCACCACUACUUUCACUCAUAAAACACAGAUACAAUUUUUAUAAAUUUAUUUAUUGAUCGAUUGAUUUUUGGCUGUGUUGGGUCUUCGUUUCCGUGCGAGGGCUUUCUCUAGUUGCGGCGAGCAGGGGCCACUCUUCAUCGCGGUGCGCGGGCCUCUCACUGUCCUGGCCUCUCUUGUUGCGGAGCACAGGCUCCAGAUGCGCAGGCUCAGUAGUGUGGCUCACGGGCCCAGUUGCUCCGUGGCAUGUGGGAUCUUCCCGGACCAGGGCUCGAACCCGUGUCCCCUGCAUUGGCAGGCAGAUUCUCAACCACUGAGCCACCAGGGAAGCCCCCAGAUACAAUUUUUAAAGAAUUAUUUCUUCUAAAUAUUUUUUCUAUUCUAAAUGUCUAUGGCUUUAGAAAAAAGUACCUGCUAGUAAUUAUCUACUUAAAGGGAGUAGCAUUUAUCAUACUCUUUUUUCUUACAUCUCUUAUUUCUACAAUUUCAGUUUACUAUUGGACUUCAAAAAUUUAAAGAAUCACCAAAAAUUCAUUAAAUACCUAUGUGUGAACAGUAAUACACAGUAGUUAGUACAAAACGUUGGUGCUUCAGUAAAUCAAGUUUUCAGGAAUAUCAGCAGAAAAGUAAAAUAUAAACUUUGUUAAAGGUAUCAUUCAUCUUGCUUAAUUUUCUUCUUAAACCUUAAUCAGAACAUUACAGCUCUGCAUAAAAUGUAGUGAAAAAUAAGUUGGAGUGUUUGGGGACCCAUUUGUGGAAUUCAGUCUCAGGAGACUUCGUUGGUGAUUUUAUUGGGUAAUCAGCUAAAAAUAUUGGUCGCUGGUGCACAGUUCAGAUAGCUUUAAGAUGCGAUGGAAAGGAAAACACAAAGUUUUUGGGUAAUGGGCUUUCUUAAAUGCAUGGUUCAGAUGAGAUGAACCCUUUUGGAGAUGACUUCCAUUUUAAAAGAAUGUACUUUUCUGGGUUUUUUUGUAACUGUUCUGAGUAUUUGUAUAUGCUUCUUAAUGACGGUAAUGAAUUUGGAAGCACUGAAAAAAAUGAUUUUUAAAAGUUCUCAGGGCUUCCCUGGUGGCGCAGUGGUUGAGAGUCCGCCUGCCGAUGCAGGGGAUAUGGGUUCGUGCCCUGGUCCGGGAAGAUCCCACAUGUCGCGGAGCGGCUGGGCCCGUGAGCCAUGGCCGCUGAGCCUGUGCGUCCAGAGCCUGUGCUCUGCAACGGGAGAGGCCACACAGUGAAAGGCCCGCAUACCGCAAAAAAAAAAAAAAAAAAAAAAAAAAAAAAAAAAAUCUGUUACCCAAAAACUUUUUGUGGCCUGCGUACCACAAAAAAAAAAAAAAAAAAAUUCUCAGUGUUCAAUUAUUUAAUGUUAAGUGUGAUACUUAAAAGUUGAAAUCAUUUUUAAAUGUCAAAAUGUCUUUUGUACAGAAUAUUUUAUUACCUUUGUAAUAUCUUGUAUACAGUGAUUUUUUUUCUUGAUAAUAAAU